GAUCCCGCGAAACCCGCCGCUCCCCGCGCCGCCGGCCGCCCUGCGCAACCGCCGCAGCCCAGUCCCCGGCCCCGACCAUCCCGGGCCUCGAUUCGCGCGGGGCUCGCGAGGAAACCGCGCGAUUUCAAGCCGAUUGAUUCCCACCCGAGGUGGGUGGGGGAUGGUGGGGUUCAUGGGGAAGAGGAAGGAGCUGGACCAGGUGGUGGACGGCCUCUCCGACUUCUCCCUCUCCGGCCCCGCCGCGAAGAGCCGCAGAUUGGAUAUUGGACUCCCACCUAUUAUGGAAGAAGAAAUGCCAGGUCCUUCCACACCAUUUGGACAUGAGAUGCUAGGAGAGGAAAUCCACAAUGUUGUUAGCAUGCCCAUUAUGGAAGACAUGGUGAGAGGUGGCAUGGAAUCUCAUCCGUCAAGUGAGGAUAAGGCACUUGUUUUAUACAAGCCAGUAGACAACACUGUUUGCCUUGGGCCUGGGACCUUGAACCCUUCAAUCAUCAUCAGUCCAGACUUGAUACGUGGUCUAAAGAAUCAAGCGUUUAAUGAAAGGAACUAUCAUAGGCUGGAGGACAAAUCUCCUGGAUGCAGCAACUCCUUGGCUUUGGUUCCUUGGACACCACCAAAGAUUGCCACAAUAUCUGAUUUGCCCACUUCCAAUUCGAAAAACACAGAAUUUCUUGAAGUGCCCAUGGAGUCUGAUGAGACAGAAGUCGACUCUAUGGAUGUCGAGGAAUCUCCUGAAAUAACUGUUGCAACAAUCGACAAUGACAGCCUUCACCAAUGGCAACAACACUGUAUGACCCCGUCGUCGCUACCAAACCCUUCAGCCCAUGUUAUGUGGUCAAGGUGACUGUCGGAUGGCAUUGCUGCGACUUGACUGCUGCUUUUCACUUACACUAAGGAUGAAGAAAAUACUCCAGUUAGUUAGCAUCCACGAGCUAUACAACAAAUAGCUGCCUCGUUAGAUCACUUGGAAAAUGACUAUUAUGUGCAUAAUAGCUCCUAGCGUAGUGCUGAUCUUGGACAACAGUUCCAUUAUUAGAGUGCUUGUACACCAUUGUUGUUACGAAACAACACAUGGCUGUAUGCAUUGCUGGCAUCCAGUCAAUUUAUCUAGCAUGUUGGAUUUAACAUCUCAAUGUCUUUUAGGAGUACUCUUUCCCAUUGUGAUAUUGUAGAUAUAUGUUCCUAUUUUAUGAGUAAAUUUCAAAUAACUCUACGUUUAAUGGUUAAAGUUGUAUAUUAC